UCGACGCUAAAGUGGUGCACAAAAUAAAGCCACCUAUGGCUGUGGGAUAGCACGCACCGAAAAAGAGAGACGAGGAAACCCCGACCUGGCCCCAAAGGAACACGCCGCAGGCGUGGCUGACCUGACCGCGGGCGGGCGGGCGAGCAGCACACUGACCUUUUAUUUGCUCCACUGAUCCAAAGCGCUCGCCAUGGGCUCCUACCGCUACAGCUCCGCCUCCCACUUCUUCUUCGCCGCCGGCGACCCCAACCCCACCGCCCACAAGCCCGCCAAAACCGUACGCAUCCCCGUCACCUCCCCCUCGCCCCCGAAAACGGCCCCGGACGCGGCGGCAGCCGCCGCCAGGAUCCAGGCGGCCUUCCGGGGCCACGUCGUCCGGCGGCACGUCGCGGCCGUGCGCUCCGCCGACCGCGAGGCGACGCGGCUCGAGCGGCUGCUCCGGCGGCAGGAGACCGUGGACGCCGUCCGCGGCGACCACCGCGAGCGCGCGCGCUUCUCCGAGGCGCUCAUGGCCGCGCUGCUCCGCCUCGACGCCGUCCCGGGCCGCGACCCGGCCGUGCGGGACGCGCGCCGCGCCGUCAGCCGCCGCGUCGUCGGCCUCCAGGAGGUCUUCGACUCCAUCCUCGCCGCGCCCGAGGCGGACACGUACGGGGUACCGGCCAGCCUCGACCAGGUCCUCGAAGGGAUCUGGGGCGUACGGGGAGAGGCGCCGCUGCCCGCGGCGGCGGCUGGGGAGCAGGAGGAAGCGGAGGCGAGGAGGAGCGGCACGUGCUGGGGCCGGUUCUUCGGGGUGCUCUAGCGUGCGCCUUCCGCCGUGUAUUGUUUCUCAGUGCGCUGCGAUCGUAGUAUACCAAGUAUAGAUACGUGUAUUUCGUGGAUAUGUUACAAUGACACAUGAACAUGAAACGAACUAGUGGUUGGGGCGCCCCAUGGGGCGCCUCCUCACUGGAGCUGUGCGAUCUAAUCCCAGUACAAUGACAAAUAAUUCAACGCUCAAAUCCUAGUCCAAUGACAAAUAA